AUGCCCAUAGCAGAUCUGCUGGGUGUCCAGUUCGACAUGCAACUGCUGGGGAAGCUGACGUGUUCCGUGGCCGCUGUUCUGCUUAUCUCCUGGGCUUACAGGUUCUACAGCUCCAGGGGUACAGCAGCUAAACCCCAGCUCUAUGUGAGGCCUCCUCCAGACAGGCCCACUGAAGCACCCAUUGGAACCUGUCUGAAUUGCAAGAUGGAACUGCGACCUCCAAGCACAGCCAAACAUGACACCAGAAGUGAUGGGGACAAACGGCCUGGCCACUCACAGAGUGAUGACCUGACACCUGACAAGACCAAUACAGGGACAGGGGAAGGAGAAGUGACCCAGAUUGAAGAAGCAGACAAUGGGCUGGCCAGCCCAUCGGGCCGUCGAUCCCCUUGCUUUCUGCAGAAGCUGGAGGGCAGUGUGGGGCUGGGGGUCGGCAGAGAGCUGAGGCAGGACCUGGGGCUCCAGGGGGCCUACUCCAGCUUUCUCUCCAAGGCAGAGAUCACAGUGGAGGAUGCCAACCUUGUGAUGGAAGGACCUGGGGACCAGAGCAUUGUGCGGGGAAAGAUCUAUGAAUACUUUGUGGAAUCUUCCUCGCACUCCAUCACAGACUCCAUAUUGGGUCAGUUUGAGGGGAAUUCACUGGACUCACAGUCUGUGAAAUUUGGAUGCCGUGGCAGCAGCCUCACUGAGCCUCCCUCGUCCCUAAGCCCCAUCAUCAUGCGUGAUCUGGUUUUGCCGCAGAGUCCUGUUGAGAGGCCGUUCUCCCCAGUUAGUCCGGAGCCCACAUCUCCCAUCAAGCCGGGUCUCAUACGCAAGGAGAGCUACCUCACAGCGGCUGAACAUUCAGAACUCCUGAUCACCUCUCUGAUACCCAGAGCCUCGACCCAGCUGAGGCCCCACUCUCAGGCCUAUUCAUCAGGGGAUCCCAGCCCUGUCAGUCCCCUCAGUCCCACCACAGACACCAGGGGCCCCAGUGCAUGGGAGAAGCCCAGCCUAGAAACCAUAGCUGGGGCUAGAUUUGUAAAUCUGCCUCCAGAAAACAUGGGCAGCUCAGAGUUGGAGAGCUUAAAGGCCAAACUUGAUUUGGGCAACUGCAUGGAGGUGCUGGAGCUGUCUAAGAAGCAUGGGCAGGCCCCUCUGCAGCAGGCAGCCCUCAGAGUGAUGUCUGACAACUACCUCCAGGUCCUCAGGGACCCAGGUCUGUAUGGGAUGCUGAGAGCAGGCGAGCGGGAUGAGAUUCAGAAACAGCGAAUGAGAGGAAGGCAGUUCUUAGUGGCAGCCAACAUGGUCCCUCAGGACUGGGUGGGGAGUAGUCCUCAAGGGACAAAAACAGAGCAGCGAGCCACCAACAAGCCAUCCAGUGGUCUCUACUGUUAUGAUGAUUAUAUAGACAGCUGGCACCCAUUGUGUCCCAUCCCACAGGAAGUCAUCUCCAAAGGCUGUGCCGUGUGCACUAUGGACAACUACUUAUUUGUAGCAGUGGGGGGCUGCCAGCAGGGCGCAGACAGAGAGAUGAAACCUUCCAAGAGAGUGUUCUGCUACAACCCUGUAACGUCCAUUUGGAAAGAGAUCAGUCCUAUGAAUGAGUCCAGGCCCCACUGCAAACUGGCAGCCCUGCAGGGCUGCAUCUAUGCCAUCGGAGGGGAGUGUCUGUCUACCGUAGAGCGCUAUGACCCCCGCUCUGACAGAUGGACUUUUGUGGCCCCACUGCCCAAUGAUACAUUUGCUGUGGCCCAUCAUGUCACGGUGUGCAAUGGGGAACUCUUUGUUCUAGGGGGAACACUGAGAUACACACUGUUGCGCUACAACCCAAAAACCAAUGUGUGGAGGAAAAGCGCAAUAACGGGAAGCAAAAUGAGGACCACCGAGAUAGUGGGCGUAAGAAACUUUCUGUAUCGCUUCGAUGUCAACCCACAGCUAGGCAUCAGUGUGUACCGCUACCACACCGUGGCACGACUAUGGUACGAAUGCUGCACCAAACGCCUCGCCCACUGCCCUGCCUUCCAGUGUGUUGUUGUGGACGACACCAUCUACUGCAUAAGCCACCAGUUCACCAUGAGGUUCCUGGCUGAUGAGAUCUCUCCGAGCUUCGUAGCGGAUGAUUUGAGUGUCCUCUCUGCAGCUAAGGGCAUCCUUUUCCCCUUUGUACUCUCACUUCCUGAUAAGAAAGCUCUCCAGACAAGUGUGUGA